AUGCUGCCGCCGCGUCUCGUGUGUGCGUCCUGCAGCGUCGUCGGGGCCGGAACCGCGUGCCCCAAGUGCGGUGGGGAGCUCAGCGCCCCCAGCGCCUUCGACUGCGCCAAGCUGGGGCUGCUCCCGGAGCUGCAGGAGCUCGUGCAGCAGGACCCGGAUUUCGACGUCAAUGCAUGUGAUGAAGCGUCGAAUGCGACAUUACUGCACCAUGCUGCUAUUAGUGGCAAAAUGGGGGUGAUCGAGUUUUUACUUGGAAAUGAAGACCUGCGAGCUAAAAUCGAGGUGGACGCUCUGGGUGGGGAGAUGCAGACGACGCCGCUCUUCUGGGCAGCUUUCCACAAUCAGAUCUACGCUGUGGAGCUGCUGCUUCGCCACGGGGCAGAUCCCAAUUUCCGAGACGGUCGGGGCUUUACGCCGUUUCUCGUGGCGAUUCAACGUUGCUUCCCCAUUACAGCUGCCUACAUGAUCGCUAAGGGGUCCGAUGUGAACCAACGGAUGCAGGAUCCGAGCCAAAAGUCAGCGCUGAUGCUGCUUUGCCAGCCCCAGCAGUUUCACUUGGAUACUUUUCGGAUGGUGCUAAGCCUUCAAGCUAUUAUCAACGCACAAGACGCCGAUGGCAACACUGCCCUUCAUCAUGCGGCUAUGAACAAUAUCGCCAUGGCUGUGCGGAUGCUUCUGGACGUGAGAGCUGACACGACUAUCGUGAACAAGGACGGGCUUACGGCGCUGGCAAUUGCUCGUGUGCGACUACAUCCAGACUCGUCGGCCCGUCAUCUUCUCACAGAAGACGAGCAACUGCAACAACUUGCUCGACGUACCUCAAUUCAGAAACAAACCCUCGAGGACAAUGUGUACAAGCUCGCGUUUUUCGUACCGUGGGUGGUGUUUCCUCUAGCUUGCUACGUGAUCGUGACUGUGAACGGCACGCUCUACAUCAUGUUGUCGCUUGUCGUUCUAUUGGUUGCUGCAAUACUGCUGCUUAAGUUGCUACAGCGUGGGUCUUACGGCGACAAACGAAAGGGAGCAUCACUCAUGUUCGGGAUAAACGUUGCCUCGAUCGGGUAUCUUGUCGGUAGCUUCCCUCGGUUCAGCAGCGAGUGUAGCACCGUGUUCUGCGCAUUUGCUGCAGUCUCUUUCGUCAUGAUUGGAGUCACUCUGUACAAAACGGCAACGUCGGAUCCGGGCGAAGUGUUCACGUCGUACGACGAAAAGCUGCAUAAUAUCCGCUGGCUGGUGGAGUCCAAGUUACCCAGCGCGACCAAACUCUGCCUCACUUGCCUGCACAAGAGGCCGCUGCGUGGAAAACACUGUGCUGAGCUCAACUCGUGCAUCGCAAAGUUCGACCACUACUGUCCGUUUGUGGUUAACGCCAUCGGUGCUCGCAACCAUGCAGCUUUCCUGGGAUUCCUGUUCUCCGCUGUGCUGUCGAUCGCGUUGGAACUUGUGGCUUGUUGGCGCUUUGCACGCGUACAGCCCGAGCUCGUGGCCGACUUCACCGUUCAGUGGCAAUGGUGGAAGUGGAAAUCGUCGUUGUGGAACCUUCUCCUGGGCACGUUUGGCAGUGAGCCGGCUGCUGUCGCUGAUACGCCAGGGCUAUUCGACUGGAUCGGGAGCAUUGCGCACUUUCAGCCAGUGCUGUUCUGCAUCAUGCUGCUGGACGUUGUGCAAAUUGCGUGGAUCGCCUACAUGCUGUUCUUCCACGUCUACCUCAUGUGCGCGGCCCUCACGACGAACGAGGUGGUGAAGAGCGAGAACCUGGAACGCGCGUAUUCCCGUGGAAUCCUCAAUAACAUCGUGGACUUCUUAGGUCUUCCUGGUCAGCGACCUGUCGACUGGCGUCGGGUGUACAACCUAGACGAGUUCAAGAACCAAGUUGCGUCGUACCCUUCAUCAGGAGAAGCGCGCAAGGACCUGUAA